AUGAACGAGCUAAGUGAAUAUCCCAGUGUUUAAGUAUGAUGAACUUAUAUUAUAGUUUGAUAAUAGUCUUUAUAAUUCACUAAAAACUAAGGAUAGUAGACUGAUACUCAGAUAAAUGAGAUCAGCUAUUGAAGAAUUUAAUUAAAAUAAGCAUUUUGAUAGUGAAACCUUUACCAUACUUUAUUAUGGCAUAUAAUAAGUAUGUAUUAUUUAUAUUAGAUAGUUACAAAAAGAUGAUAUAUUAGAAUUUUUAGAGAAAGAAGUUUUAAAGAGACAAGAUGUGUUAGAAUUUGAGAUUUUAUAGAUGAAAUUUUUAUAAGCUACUCUAGAUGAUUAAAAUAAGAAUAGGAAGGAACAUUUAUAUUAAUUAUAGAAGGAAACAUUAAUAUCAUUUGAUUAAUAUGAUAAACAUGGUUAAAUGGGAAUAGAAACAAUAUUAUAAUUUUAUAAAACAAAAAUAAAAGAGAAUGAUAUUAAGCAAUAUUUAUAAAAUUAAGCAAAGAAAAUAAUUAGAAAAGAAAAUCUUCAUAAUUAUAUUAAAAAUAGAUUAAUACAAAUAGUAUUCAAUUCAGAAGAUUGUGAUUAAUAAAUUUCAGAUUUAUUAAUAUAUUGUGAAAAUACUGCUUUUGUUACUUAAUUUAUUACUAUUCUAGCUUAACAUAGUUUAGAAAUCUUAUAAAAUGAAAGUAAUUAAUUAAAACAAGUAUCAAAAGUAUUUGAAAGAGUAAGUGCUCAAUUACCUAAUUUAUUUAAUUAAAAUUUACCAGUUUUCUUGUAAUUUUAUGAUAGUGAAGUAUAUAUAUUGUAUUUAUAAUUAGUGUUAUUGUCUUAGAAAUGCUAUUAAUACUAUAAUCACAAAUAUUUUAACUGAACAUUUGAAUCCAUCUAAAGUAGAGUAAGAUGUAGAAAUGAAAGAAAACUAAUUAAAUUAAAGACUUUUCCUUAUUUAAAAAUUAUCAUCAAGAAUUAUAGAUAAAAAUGCAUAUGCUAGAGUUCACACUUUAAAGAUGUUAAGAGUUGUAUGUUCAUAAAAUCUAAUCCCUCCAAAUGUUUAAUUAAUGAUGUUUCCAUUAGUUAUUGCAAGAGUUUAAGAUGUCUCUUCAAUGGUUAGAAAGGCUGCUUUGGCAUUUGUUAAAUAAAUUACAAAGUACAAUUUCAAAAUAUAUAGAAUUCAAUCAGAUUUAUGAAAAACCUAUUUGUUGAUGGUUUAUAGAUGUAAAAUUUUAUGAAGAUAGCUGAUAUAUAGGAAUAAAAUUAAUAUUUAGGAAAUGAAAUUCAUAAGACUUUAAUAGCUAUUGAUUAAAUAUUAGAAGAUAAAGCAAAUGCAUAAACUGAAGCAGAAUUUAAAGAAUUAGAAGAUGAAGAAAAUUUAGUUGUAUCUAAUUUAAGAGAAAAGAAGAAAUUAUAAUAAGUAUUUAUUUAAUAUCAAGAAUUUAUGGAACUCUUAUAAAAGUUAUUGCCAAAUAUUGAAUUAUUAUUAAAUAGUAAAUGCAUCACUGAUAUUUAUAAAGCAAUUUCUCUUAUUAGUUUUUUAUUUAAAUAGAAAAUAGAAAAUACUGAUGUUGGUAUUAUGAAAAUGUUAAUACAUUCUAAUAAUCCUUAAAUAGUGAAUAAAUUAGCUAAAAAAUUCUAUAUGUUAUUUAUAGAAAAUGAUAAUGAAUAAGUACCAAUUAAUAAUCUAAUUCAUUUAUUAAAAAUUUCAUCAUCAAAAGAAUAAAUUUAUCUUGAAGAACUUAUUCGAUAUAUGAUCAAAUAGAAAAUGAUAUAAGAAUCUACGAUUGAAAUCGUAUGGACUAAUUUUAUAAGAAAUUAUACUGCUAAUCAACAUGAAUAAUUAAAUUAGUAUUCUAAACUUGUUAGAGUUACACUUGGAUAAUAAUCUAAUCUUUUAACAAGAAUGAAAUUAGAUUAAAUAAGUAAAAUAAUUGAAGGAUAAAAAAAAGAAGUUAAUUGGAUUACUGUUAUAGAAUUAGCUAAAUUAAUAUAUUAUUUAGAAGAUAAAGUACUUGUUAAAAAAUAUUUUUAAUAAUUCUCAUUAAUUUUAUAUUUUUAUUUUGGAACACCUAAUAAUUUAUGGUUUGUUGCUUGUUAAGAAAUUUUAAAUUUAAUAUAAUUUUUACCUGUUCCAGAGAGUAUAUAUGAUUACAUAAUUAAAAAAUUUAGUUUUAAAGUUUUUUAAAUGGGAAUGACACCUAAAAGAAGGUAUAUAUCUUAUUUUUAUUAAUUAGUACUUAAGAUUUUCUUGAAGAAGAAUCAACUUUAGUAUUUAAUAAUUAAUGUAUAUAACUUAGUUAAUUAUUAUUUAUUGUUGGUUAAUCUGCUUUAGCAAUCAUUCUUCAUAUUGAUGAAAUAGAAAAUUAAUUGACACAUUUAAGAAAUGUAGAGGAAGCUAAAGAAAAUGAAUUGGAUAAAAUAUAAGGUGGUUGUGAAGAAGAAUACGAAUAUAAUUGUGUAUAUUUAUAGACUUUAUGCAAAUAUAGUAUUUAUUAUUAUAAAUAUAAAUAGGUGUAAUUUAAAAAGGAUUUUAUUAAAAUUUUGCACCAAUAGUUCUAGAAAUAUUAACUGAAAUUGAAGAAGAAAAUGUACAAUUAUCAAUAUUACAUAAAUCUGCAGGUCUAUGUUUAUGUAAAUUUAUGUGUUUAUCUGAAUAAUUUUGUGAAGAACAUAUAGAAAAAGUGUUUAGAUUAAUAUAAAAUCCAAAUUCUGAUGGAAUAUUUAAGAAUAAUUUAAUAGUUGCUAUUGGUGAUCUAUUACAUAGAUGGCCUAAUACAGUAACAUCUUAUUGUAGAUAACUUUUUGAUGGGUUAAACAAUUAGGAUUUUAUUGUAAAAAAAACAUCAUUAAAUAUGUUAUCACAUUUAAUAUUAAAUGAUAUGAUAAAAAUCAAAAGGGAAAUUACUGAUAUAGCUAUGUUAUUGACUGAUCCUGAUGAAAAUAUUUAGUAAUCAGCAAAAAGAUUUUUUUUCCAAAUAUAAAAGAAGGAUUCAAGAAGAAUAUUAAAUAGUUUACCUGAUAUCAUAUUUAGUAUGUCAAAUGAAGAGAGUCAUGAUAAAUAUAAAAUGUUUCUCAUGAAUACUUUGAAAUACUUAGAUAAAUAGACUGAAUAAUUGGUUGAAAAAUUGUUGAAAAGAUUAAAAGAAAAUAUUAAUGAAUUUGAAGUAUAAAACAUUGUUUUUACAUUAUCAAAACUUUAAAUGAAGGAAUCUUUAGCAAGGAAAUUUUAUGAAUGCUAUCCAUAUUAUUAAGAAAGAUUAGAAAAUCCAUAAAUAAAAGAGUAUUUCUAAGUUAUUAUUUAAAAAGUAUAUUAAAAUUUUUAUAAUUAGUUAAUGAAAUGUGGAUUAAAUUAAGAAAAUAAAUAAAUUUUAUUAGAAUUUGAAGAGCUGCUUAAUAGAGGUGAGACCAAACGUAGAGUGUUAGGAUCCAAAAAUAAAUCAUAAAAAUCAACUAGAUCUCAUACAAAUUCAUAAAGAUCAAUUGGAUAUACUAAUAUUUUAGAUUAAUUAUAUACUUAAUCUACUGAAUUUUGA